AUGUCCUCCGCGACGAACGCGACGGGCUCGAAGCGAAAGGAGAGGGGCUACGAGGCCGAAGGAGGGGGCGGCGACGAGACGUGCAUCAACGUGUUCGUGCGGUGUAGGGGUCGGAACGAGAGGGAGGUGAGGGAGAACAGCAACGUCGUUUUGAAGACGGAGGGGGUGAAGGGAAAGCUUGUGGAGCUUUUGAUGGGGCCGAAUGCGUUGAGUAAUAAGACGUAUAAUUUCGAUGGGGUGUUCUCGCCGGCCGCGGGUCAGAGUAUCAUUUUUGAUGAGGUGGUGAAGCCGAUUCUCGACGAGAUGUUGGCGGGAUACAAUUGUACGAUUUUUGCCUAUGGCCAGACCGGUACUGGCAAGACCUACACGAUGUCCGGAGACAUGUCCGAGACGCUCGGUAUACUCUCCGACUCAGCAGGUAUCAUCCCAAGGGUACUACGGAGCCUGUUCAACAAACUGCAAGUCGAUGGCGGAGAGAACUGCGUCAAGGUCUCGUUCAUCGAACUAUACAACGAAGAGCUUCGCGAUCUCAUCUCGGUCGAGGAAUCCGCCAAACUCAAGAUCUACGACGACACAUCCAGAAAGGGCCACGUCGUCACCGUUGUGCAGGGAAUGGAGGAAACACACAUCAACUCGGCUUCCGAGGGCAUCAAGGUUCUUCAAGAAGGAAGUUUGAAGCGCCAGGUGGCCGCGACCAAGUGCAACGAUCUCAGUAGCAGAAGUCAUACUGUCUUUACGAUUACCGCCUACGUUCGCAUCAAGGGGGAAGAUGGCAGCGAGGAGCUCGUGAGCGCCGGCAAACUUAAUCUCGUUGAUCUGGCGGGCAGUGAAAAUAUCCAGAGGUCUGGUGCGGAAAAUAAGCGGGCUGCCGAGGCGGGUUUGAUCAACAAGAGUUUGCUCACUCUUGGAAGGGUGAUUAAUGCGCUCGUUGACCGGAGUCCGCAUAUCCCCUACCGUGAGUCGAAGUUGACGCGUCUUUUGCAAGACUCGCUCGGUGGGCGCACAAAGACGUGCAUUAUUGCUACUGUGUCUCCGGCCAAGAGUAACCUCGAGGAGACCAUCUCGACGCUAGACUACGCCUUCCGAGCCAAGAAUAUCCGCAACCGGCCUCAGAUCAACCAGCCGAUCAACAAGAAGGCUCUCCUCCGAGAUUUCGCGAACGAGAUUGAGAAGCUCAAGACGGAGCUCAUCUGCCAUCGACAGCGGAAUGGAGUGUACCUCUCGAACGAGGCGUACGAAGACAUGACUGCCGUGAGCGAGUCGCGCCGCAUCGUGCUCGAGGAGCAGGCGGCCAAGAUGGAGACGCUCGAGACGAAUCUGCGAAAUAAGGUCCAGGAGCUCCUGAACCUCACAGCCACGUUUAUGGGUCUCGAGAAGGAUCACGAGGUUAUCAAGGCACAGCUCGACGAUACCAAGGAGGUGCUGGACCAGACGGAGCUCAUCCUUGCUGCGACUUGCAAGUCACUCGCCGAGGAGACGCACCUUCGCAGGGCGCAUCAGCACACCGAAGAGAAGCUGGCCGAGGUCGGUGGAAAACUCCUGACCACGCUCGAAAAGACCGUCGGGGAUGUUGAUGGUCUGCGCGCCAAGAAUAAGCGCAAGUCGGACCUCCAGGCACUGAAUCGGAGUACUUGGGCUGCUGCCCAGGAGCACGUCGAGGAUGUCACUUCUAUGGUUGAGGGCCGUGUGCUUGAGCUGCGGAAUGAGCAGGAGCAGCAUAUCACGAAUGUCUCGAAGCGGAUGAGGGGCUUUGUUGACGAGGAACUUGGAGAGCUCACAACAACGCUAGGGUUUCUUGAAAAGCAACUGGCGACGUUUACCGAGUCCAAGAGGGGCCUGCUUGAGCGCGGGACGAGGUCGAAAGAUGAGAUGGAUGAGGUCUUGGAGGAGAUUAAAGUGGUGAGAGACGCGGUGAAGGAGAGGGUCGGAGACAGCUUGCAAGCGAUAUCCAGUGCCGCUGAGAGGAUCUCGGCGGAUGUGCUCAGCGAGCUUGACACGUUCCACAAUCAGCUACACACUUCCUACAGCACUCUCGGCAAGGAGUUCAAGUCCAUCUUUGAGGAGAUGCUGCGACACCUCUCUUCCCAGAGGAGUGAGGCCGAUAGGCUCAGGCGCCAGCUCCAGGGCGCCACCAGCACCAUGAUGGAGCAAAACGCCCUGCUCACGAACCGUAUACAAGAAGUCAUCGACGAAGAGCGGCAGCAGGCAGCCGAGGAUAGACGGAAUCUCUUGGCGCAGAUAGGAGCACUCAUCGAGGCUCAGGCCGAGACGCAGGAGUCGAGGCUCGCGGAGAAAGCAGAGUUGUUGAAGAAGGGCCUCUUGGAUGCCAACUCGACACUUGGGGGAAGCGUCGACCGGUACGGAGAGUCGAUGGACACGUGGGAUAAGAAGGAGGGCCAGCUUCUUGAGGAUAUCAGGUCAUCUAGGGAUUCGCUUAAGACGAGACUCAAGGAUGACUGGAACGUCGCAAAUGAGCACAGCUCCUCUAUCCAGGCUACUACAAAGUCAGUCCAUGCCGAAACGGUUCGCAUCGUCGAUGCUCAAAUCUCCGAUCUCGGGGUCCAGAUGCAAGCCCUCGACGACUCCGUUAGCCGCGCCCGAAGCGAGAACGCCCAGCACCAUGAUGCGCAAAUCGAGGCCGUGCAAAGCGUAUCAGCAACGGUCGAGCAAUCAUACGAGAGCAUCGGAGCACACUUCAAGACCAAUCUCGAGCGCGUGAAGGUGAUCGGCAGCGAGAUGGAAUCCGACACCAAGCUGGUGCGCCAGGCUCUCGAGCCCCUGGAGGAGGAGGUUUGCCUGCCGCUCGCCGAGCUCCGCGAGGAGAUUGGCGGCGCCGUGCUUAGGGAGUAUGUCCCCACGGGCGAAACUCCCGAGAAGGUGCAGUACAGGUAUCCCAGGGAGUUGCCGCAGACGGAGAGCCACGAGGUGCUUCUUGCGAGGAUGGAAGAUGAGCCCAUCCCCACGCCGACGAAGGAGAGGAGGACGGAGACUCUAGUGUUUUCGGAUAACGAAGAGAUGGGACCGCCUCCCAGCAUCCCGUCCCUUUCUCCGCCGCAGCUGGCUAGAAUCCCGACUCUAGCGGCGUCGACGAGCAUCAUCCCCUCCUCCCGGAAUAACGGCGCGGCUCAAGAGGACAAGAACCCCAUGAGCAUGAGCCUGCGGGAAAUCAACCCCAACUUGACGAGCAGUUUCGUGUUCGACCCGAAAGCUAGUACCAUGUCGUUGCCGAGCGAGAACUUGACUCUGCCAUUGUUAAAAAGGAGUACGAGGGGGAAGGGGAGGAAGAAGCAGGCUACGACGGACGAGAGCAAGGAGAAUGUGACGGUUGGGCUUGAGAUGCCUAGGAGGAAGAGUCCUCGGCUGAAUUAG